ACCUUUUGACUCGCAGACCCCUCCCAAAACCCUUGCCUCCUCUCCCACCCAUGCCGCAAGCCCGCAAUCGCCAUGAGCACCAGCAACCCCGCCGCCGCCGUCUCAACCAAGCGCCCCUGUGAUCCCUCCCACGCCGACCCCACGCCACCGGCCAAGCUCCAGCGAUCCUCAGACCCGCCGGACCCCGCGCCGGCCGGGAACCCAGACGGUGCCACCGACGGCGGCGAGGCGACGGGAGUGGAUAGCGAGGCGAUGGCCGGUACACGGAACCCUCGGGCGCAGCGGUACCUGGUUGCGGUGGAGUACGUCGGCACCCGCUUCUCCGGCUCCCAGCAGCAGCCCAACCAGCGGACCGUAGUCGGCGUUCUCGAGGAGGCAUUUCACAAAUUCAUUGGGCAGCCGGUUUCGAUAUUCUGUUCUAGCCGAACGGAUGCAGGUGUUCAUGCUUUAUCAAAUGUUUGCCAUGUCGAUGUGGAGCGGAUAAGUAAAAGGAAGCCUGGUGAAGUGUUAACACCUCAUGAGCCUGGAGUUGUAAAACGUGCUGUGAACCACUUUCUACAGAGGAAUGAAGGUGACAUAAUGGUGACUGAUGUUCGCUGUGUUGCACCAGAUUUUCAUGCUAGAUACAAAGCUCUAGAGCGCACAUAUCAUUACCGUUUGCUUUCUGGACCUGAGUCAACAUCAGUAUUUGAGAAAAGCUCUGCUUGGCACAUAUCUGAGGAUUUGGAUAUUCAGGCAAUGAAGAAAGCAUGCAGCAUACUUGUUGGGCAUCAUGAUUUCAGUUCCUUUCGGGCAGCUGGAUGUCAGGCAAACUCACCAAUGAGAACUCUGGAUGAACUUACUGUUACAGAAGUAUUCCCUUUCAUGUAUUUUCCUUCAAGCAUAGAACGAUCAGAGAUGGAAUCAUCAGAUGGGUCUCUUGUUUAUUCGAGGACACCAGCCUUGGAAUCAUCUGGGAAAGAAUCCGAUGGUUCCUGUUCUAGCAGUGGGAAAUCAGAAACUGAGAACAGAAAAGAAUUUGGGUCAAGAUUAAGGCACCGUUGCUUUGUUGUUACUGCAAGGGCACGAUCUUUUCUUUACCAUCAGGUAAGGUUGAUGGUCGGUCUUCUAAAAUCUGUUGGGACGGGCGAUCUAACAACUGCAGAUGUUGAGAGAAUUUUGAAUGCAAAGACAGUGACAGCUGCACCUCCUAUGGCACCUGCUUGUGGUCUGUACCUUGCUAACGUGAAAUACGACCUGAGUGUUUGAAGAUAAAUUUAUCACAUGGCUUCUGUUGCUGUGCCUCCAAGUUUUGUCAGCUUUUGGCUAUCAAAGGUAUGCCUGAAUCCAUAUCUUUCAUGAGUAGUACACAUGGAUGACUCUUCCAAGCCUCCGUGUAGGGCAAAUAAGCAACCCAAAUAUGGCCUCUAAUAUAAGCUUUAGCCUGAUGAAGGAGGAUUGUUUACUUGAUACACUAUGCUGGGGACCUGCGGGGUAUUGUCCAGUCUGAUGAGGAAUUAUAUGCAUCUACUCACCAAAGCUGUUUUUAUUGUCUGAUUUUUUUUGCAUUGAAGUUUGCAUGUCCAUCGCAAACGUAGACUAGUUUUCUCUGCGAACUAAAUAGCUUGCUUCAUUUUAAGUUAAUUAAGUUCAAAUAUCCUGUCUUUCAAGUUCAGUUUGUUUCACUUGUUUACUUUGGGGUGACACUGUAAUGUUGGACUGAUAAUCGGAAAUUUAUCGCCUGGUUUCCUCCUUACUAUCUGGUUGAUAUAUAAGUAGCCAAAAUAUGCGCUACUACUAGUGGAGGCUUAAAAAUUA